CCAUUGACGUUGUUACUGAUAGUAAAUAAAAAUAGGAAAAUCGUCAAUAUCACGUACACUUUCCUGUGUGUGAAUAUGUUUCAAUUAACAGAUACAAACAUGACGAAUGGGAGAGCCUGUGUCAAUAUAAAGGAAACAGCGUACGGCAAAGUGGCAUUGGAAUAUUGGCGAUCAGUGCGGCGGCAAAGACAACUAUGGAAGUGUGGAAAUAUGGUUGGACUUUUGGCUUUAUGGCAAUUGUUUGCCUUUUUUCAAACGGAAACGCAUCGCCGCUCCUUCAUGACGAAGAAGACCGUUACUAUCCAGACGAAAGUGACGAACCAAUCGACCUACAGUUUCCUGUCUUCGACCCUAAUUCUGACGAAUGGAACCCCCAAAGCGAAGUCGGAAUAGAAAGUGUCCUGAAACGAAGCGGAUUUAAAAUUUCCGACAGUUACCAAAGAUACCCGAGAAUAAAAGAGAAAGUAAUAAUACCGUUUUAUUCCUAUGGAAAAAAUCCAGGAUAUUAUAGGUCAAAGCCUAGGAUGCUAGGAGGCCCACGUGUGUAUUUUGGAUACAAUCCCUGGAACGCAGAGUCAUACAGAGGUGGAAACAGAUUCCCUUCAAGCGGUUCAUACAGAUACUGAAGAAUAUGACUUCAUUGAUACUGUCUGUUCCAUGAGUCCUGUGUAUUUAGUUUAUUUUCCAUUGUGUAAUUGUUAUGAUUUUUGUAUAUCGAUUAGAUUGUAUGUAUUUUUCGGAUGCUAUACUAAAUUGUAAGGUGUUUAAUUGUUCAGGAUAAACGACAUUGCUUUUUGAUUCUGUGUAUUGUGUGAAUCUUUGAAAUAACAUUAUAUUAUAAUAAAAAACGAACUUCA